GGCUGUCCGGCGUCGGCGGUGUCGGGAGCGCGCCCGGCCCGGAGCCGGAGAGGCGCGCACCAUGAGCGGCGGUGAAGUGGUCUGCUCUGGAUGGCUCCGCAAGUCACCCCCGGAGAAAAAGUUGAAGCGUUAUGCCUGGAAGAGGAGAUGGUUUGUGUUACGCAGUGGCCGUUUAACUGGAGAUCCAGAUGUCUUGGAAUAUUACAAAAAUGAUCAUGCCAAGAAGCCUAUCCGUAUCAUUGAUUUAAAUUUAUGUCAGCAAGUUGAUGCUGGAUUGACAUUUAACAAAAAAGAGUUUGAAAACAGCUACAUUUUUGAUAUCAACACCAUUGACCGGAUUUUCUACUUGGUCGCAGACAGUGAAGAGGAGAUGAAUAAGUGGGUUCGUUGUAUUUGUGACAUCUGUGGGUUUAAUCCUACAGAAGAAGAUCCCGUGAAGCCACCUGGCAGCUCCUUACCAGCACCAGCUGAUUUACCGCUGGCGCUAAAUACAGCACCACCGUCCACCCAGGGGGAUGCCUCCUCAGCUGCGCCACCUCCUCCGUAUCAGCUAAUUAGCCUUCCACCACACCUGGAAACCCUUGGCAUCCAGGAGGAUCCUCAGGACUACCUCUUGCUAAUCAACUGUCAAAGCAAGAAGCCUGAACCCACCAGCCAAGGGUCAUCUUUUGUUUCUGAAGAAGGAGAGGAAUACCUACUGCUAGAAGAUUUUGAAAGCAAAACGAUCCCAUUGCAAACGCACGCUGAUUCUGCGAAAUCCACCCCUUCGGAGACAGACUGCAAUGAUAACGUCCCUGCUCAUAAAAAUCCUGCUUCCUCCCAGAGCAAACAUGGAGUGAAUGGCUUUUUCCAGCAGCAGAUGAUGUAUGACUCUCCACCGUCUCGGGCUGCAUCCGUUUCCGUAGACUCCAGCCUUUAUAACCUGCCCAGAAGUCACUCCCACGACGUCUUACCAAAGGUGUCUCCUUCAAGUACCGAAGCUGACGGAGAGCUCUAUGUUUUUAAUACCCCAUCCGGGACCUCGAGUGUAGAGCCUCAAAUGAGGCAUGUAUCUAUUAGUUAUGACAUUCCUCCAACACCUGGUAAUACUUAUCAGAUUCCACGAACAUUUCCAGAAGGAACCUUGGGGCAGACGUCAAAGCUAGACACUAUUCCAGAUAUUCCUCCACCUCGGCCACCGAAACCGCAUCCGGCUCAUGACCGAUCUCCUGUGGACACGUGUAGCAUCACACGCACAGCCUCUGACACUGACAGUAGUUACUGUAUCCCGACAGCAGGGGUGCCUCCGUCCCGUAGUAAUACCAUUUCCACUGUGGAUUUGAACAAAUUGCGAAAAGAUGCUAGUUCUCAAGACUGCUAUGAUAUUCCACGAACAUUUCCAACUGAUAGAUCUAGUUCACUCGAAGGCUUCCACAACCACUUUAAAAUCAAAAAUGUAUUGACAGUGGGGAGUGUAUCAAGCGAAGAACUGGAUGAAAAUUAUGUCCCCAUGAAUCCCAACUCUCCUCCACGACAACAUUCCAGCAGUUUCACGGAACCAAUUCAGGAAGCAAAUUAUGUGCCAAUGACUCCGGGGACAUUUGAUUUUUCUUCAUUUGGAAUGCAAGUGCCUCCUCCCGCUCAUAUGGGCUUCAGGUCCAGCCCGAAGACCCCUCCUAGAAGGCCAGUUCCUGUUGCAGACUGUGAACCACCCCCCGUGGAUCGGAACCUCAAGCCAGACAGAAAAGGUCAAAGUCCUAAAAUUUUAAGACCCAAACCCCAUGGUUUAGAGCGAACUGAUUCACAAACCAUAGGUGACUUUGCUACAAGAAGAAAGGUCAAGCCAGCACCUUUAGAAAUAAAACCUUUGCCAGAAUGGGAAGAAUUACAAGCCCCAGUAAGAUCUCCCAUCACUAGGAGUUUUGCUCGAGACUCCUCCAGGUUUCCCAUGUCUCCCCGGCCGGAUUCAGUGCACAGCACGACUUCAAGCAGCGACUCACAUGACAGUGAAGAGAAUUAUGUUCCCAUGAACCCAAACCUGUCCAGUGAAGACUCGAAUCUUUUUGGCAGUAAUAGUCUUGAUGGAGGAAGCAGCCCAAUGAUCAAGCCCAAAGGAGACAAACAAGUGGAAUACCUAGAUCUAGAUUUAGAUUCUGGGAAAUCCACGCCACCACGUAAGCAAAAGAGCAGUGGCUCAGGCAGCAGUGUAGCUGACGAGAGAGUGGACUAUGUCGUGGUUGACCAACAGAAGACCCUGGCUCUGAAGAGCACGCGUGAAGCCUGGACCGAUGGGAGACAGUCCACAGAGUCUGAAACGCCAGCCAAGAAUGUGAAGUGAAAACGCCGCUUUAACGUCUCUGAACAAAAGAGGGCCGAGCUGUAAGGAGAAAUCCUGUUUGACUGAAGAUAACUUGACCCUUGUACUCUAGGUAGAUCCUCAACGGAACAGAGUCGAAGUCAGAGGACCUUUCAGACUUAAUCAAGCCAUUGAGCGUGUAAAUGGUGCUUUGUGGUAUCUGAACAAUUCAUCACAUGUAAAUAACGUGGGAAAAUACUGUUGUUUGGUUCCCAGAGAAACAUUUGUUUCGUAGUUAACACACUUGUAGUAUUACUGUAUUUAUGCACUUUUUCAUUUAAAGCAUUGGUUUGGGUAUUCCCAAAUGGACCUUAACAUGAUUCUUUUGGGAGUUCUUGUUUUUCCUCACACUACUCUUAAGAACAAUGCUACGUGAACUAAGCUACUUUCCACUGGGAAAUUGCUCUUUCAGCUGCAGGGUAACAACGUGACGUGAGAAGUAGAUUCACAAUAUACCUUUCUACCUGAAACUUAACGGGGUAACCGUUAGCUUAAACUACAAAGUAGAGUUGGACUCAUCAUUCAUUGCCUUCCAAAAUGCUAAGCAUCAUGUACCUACUGGUGUCAGGACUUUGUUCUCUGGUUCAUGGACAUUUGGUUUUCAGUGGUGGAACUUUCUUAUAAUUUGUUAAUUACAGUUUUUUGGGCUCAUUAAGUGAAGAUUCUGCCAGGUGGGAUCUUACACCUUGGAAAGAGUGAAUAAUCACACUAUCAAGUAAGCGUACAACUCACUGAUGGCAUGUGGUGACGAUGUGCUCUCACAUUUUCAACAUGUAUUAAACUUUACGUUCUUUGCAAAGUGUAGAUUAUAUAACUAAUCAGGUACGUACCAGGCACUGAUGUGCUAAUACACUAAUCAGGUUUAGACAGUGAGCUUUAGUUGUCUCCGUGUUAGUCCUCUAACGCUGGUUUCCAGUUUGGAAUUAAUGGCACAAUUGACAUUCACUGUUAGUUAUAGCAGCAUACUGUGAUUUUGAAGUAGACAGUCGUUCAGAUUUAUUACUCUAAGAAUGAAAUUCUGUCUUUUGACACCAUAGUGCCCUUUCUAUGAUUUUUUUUUAAACUUUACUUAAUAUUCUUCUUGGCCUUAUCCUAUUUAAAUCCCUAUGCAAUUAAUAUUUUAUAUCUGCAUUUUUUUAAAAAAAAAAUAGAUGUUAUAUAAGUGAUUCUCAUAUGUAGCAGCUAUUGCUUUACCAGUAAAAGAAUUAAGGAUUUUGUACUGUGAUUUAUAUUCACUGCCCCAAUUCAAGAAAUAUUGGAGCCUUGCUAUAAUGUGAAAUCUUAUAGUCACGGACCUCUUCCAACCAGAUUUCUGAAACCACCAGAGGUAUCGUAUAAUUCUGUCUCACCUAUAACAUGGUCCUAUAGCAAGACCACACAUUAUCUAUAGUAAGGCUACAAUUUAUCUGUCUUGGCUUUGCAAUGUAAUUUAGAAAGCAGGUAUAGUUAUUGGUUUGAUUGGUUUUUAACUAAGUUACAUACAAUCUCUUAUGUACUGAUUUGAGACUUACUAACAGGGUUUGGAGGGGGCAUAGAGAUUGAAGAGCCCACAGCUGAGGCAUGUUUCCCUCCAUGCAGACCUCUAAUGUUGCCUGAGUACACAGAUGUGCCCUGAUUUCUGGCCCCUUGGUCACCGUACUGUGUCUAAUCAAUGUGUAAUGGGUUUAUGUCCCCUCCAUGAGCUAAAAACGUUCAUAACAAGAUGAAUUGUAGACAAGUAACAUUGGAUGCUUUUAAAUGUUUGCUUCUUUUUAAACAAAAACUAAAACCCAGAACUGAAUUUUGAGGUGGAUUUUUAAAUAAAAAAACAUUGUUUGAG